AAAAAUAACUAAGACUAUUAAAUAAGACCAAAAUGCUUGGGUCAUAGUGUGUUAAAAGCCAGGACAUAAAAAUAUGUCUUCAGAAGUCAUUUAAAUUGAUCAAGUGUUUGUGCACUUGGUCAGGUCUGAGACCUGCCACAGAGAAGGCUCUAUCGCCACGAGAUGUGAGAUUAGUCCGUGGGAUGGAUAGCAUUAAUUUUGAGCUACACCUCAUGACUUUUCCUAGAGCAUAAACAGAAAGGAGCUCAGACAGGUAAGAAGAGGCUCGGGCGUGAAGUGACUUAAAAACAAAAAGUAAAAGUUUAAAUUGGAUCCUGUAGUAGACAGGCAGCCAGUGUAGGGAGGCUAAAGCUGGAGAUAUAUGAUCUCUCCGUUUGGUACCAAUGUUAAUAUGUAUUCUGGGAAAUCUUCUGCAGACUUAAGGUGUCUGUAGCAACAGGUUACCAUGGUGAUAAACCCUGAUAAGAUUUGUUAUUCUGAAAACCCACCAUUUCCUUAAGCCUGAACUUAGCUGGAUAACCCCACUAUUCACUGUAGAUCACUGUGCUCCCUCAACUACAACUAAAAUGAAGUAUUGUGUUUUUGUAAUGAAAAUGUUAAAUACGCAUAUUGCAAAUAAGUUAUUCUAGUAACAACUAAACCCGUGUUACUUACUUGGUUUAUAGUGGCAGGAUCUGCACCAAUCACCAGGAUUGAGGAGGACACUGAUUCUGGAGCACAUGGGACUACGCGAGCUAGACCUUGGGAAAUUGGCCACCGUAUAUAUGUCUCUUUGGAACUCAAGAAAGAUCAUCAUUAGCUCAUGGGGUUAUCUCUAAAGCAUGAUCUUAGUUAAAACCUGCCAAAAAAUUCACUUUGAGCGUAUUUUAUGUUUUUGUUUUGUUUGUUUUUUUAAUUUAAGACCCAAAAUAUGUGUAGUGGUUAAGAAAAAACAUCUGGAAAUAUCAUAGCUAAAUAUGCUUAUUGGUAGUCAGUGGCAUGACUGUGUAUUUCAAAAAAAUUAUCAUUGAGCCUCUGUGAUCUUCUGGCCCCGUCGGCUGUAAAACCAGACACACUUCUGUGCUGGAAAUCCUGACAUAACCUUAGGAACAUGUUUCACUAUUAUACUCAUAAAUAAAUAAAUACAUAAAUGAAUUAACAACAUUACUAAAAACCGCCACUUUCGCUGGAUGGACUGAGGCAAAGUUGUAAACUGCCCUGUGGGUUGAUCAUCUGAAAUUUUGAAUUGUUUCUGGAAGUGACAUUCUGGGCCAACACUUGUCUGGGCUUAAGAAAAGAGGGACCCAUCCGUCGGUUAUGAACUCACAGUUAAAAACCUAGAGUCUGUGGUGAUAUAGGCGUACAUACAAGCGCAUAUAAUUAUUUUAAUUACAUUAAACAACCUUGACUUUCCGUGUUGAGAAUUUCCUACUGUGGAUUACAAAUUCCCGUUAGUGGGUGCACAUAAGGCUGUGAUGACCAUUCAGAAGUGCAUGUCCAUCAAACAUGGCUUCCCUUGGACUUGGGUGAGGCAGGGCUGAAAUGUGCAGGGGUCAGACUCUCAGGCUAUAGGGGAGGGUUAUGUUAAUGCAUCCUGGCAGUGUGGGAUUUUUCCAUCAAACACUCAAGUACAAAUUCUGCAUACUACGCUCACUCAUAGAAAUUCAUAUAAUGCAAUCCUCUCCCACUCUUGAGCUCACUGUCACACAUACACACAUGUUCAGACCUCAUCCUGGCACUACUGAGAAGCUCUAAGCGACAAGAUUACUUGAAGUCAUGGACAGCACUUCUUUGUUACAAAUCUCUUCGUGCUGUUAUUGGAUGUGAAUGCUGUUCCGCUUCUAAAUCCAUCCUGAUGUUCAACACAAUGGGACCAUCAGAGCACAUCCUUUAAACUGUGGAAAGCUUCAUAAUUAGGAAUUAGCAACAACUUUUCCAUCCCUUCAAAAAAUGGAGUGAAGCUGACUGAAGCCUUUAAGGGGUGUUAGAUACUCCAUGGGCUUUUGACGAAGGAAAUGAAGGGAAAAAAGAGUAAAUUAUUUAAUUAAUGACCAGCAACCUUUGAAAAAUGAAGAAGGAAAGAAGAAAUAUUCAGAAACAUUACACCCAGACACAUUUCUUUAAAUUAAGCUUGCAUGCAAAGAGUGGGAAAGAACAGACUUAUAUAAAACUAAUGUAAAACAUAUAUAUGGCCAUACUGUAUGUAUAUGGGUGGGAGUACAGCAGAGGUCAUACCUCCUCGGGCCAGAAGUUAAUGAGUUUGUCACAAGAUCCUUCUUACUUGGUGCUCCUGCUAUUUAUACUUAAAGAUUUUUCCAGUUCCACAGUCAAAGGCACAGUUGUUAAAGAGGAGAAUUUAACCAUUCAUAUGACAAUUUAGGCCAUGAAAUUGGCAAGGAUAAGAGGCCCAAAUCAGUAAUUAAGAAGUUAUGGGAGUCUUUGAAUAGAAUAACAAGGUCGAUGGAAACUCUUCUGUAAAAGAAAAGUUUGACUUUAUGGUAAAUAAUCCUAUUUGCUUUCUUGUCAAGAGCCUAAGUAUUAAAUGUGAAGGUGCAGUUGACAACCUUUUGACAAAUCCUGAAGAGUUAAGAAGGAAAGUCAGGUCACACGGGCCGACAAGGUAAAGAAAAGAUAACACAAAAGGUGACAUAUACAAUUUCAGAGAUAAAAUCAACAAUCAAAUCACAUCAGAUCAGAAUUAUAUACAAAUUAUCUGAGCACUUAGAGGUCCUACUUCUCUUAAACAACAUGGCACAUGGUGGCACAGUGGUUAGCACUGUUGCCUUACAGCAAGAAGGUCCUGAGUUCAGUUCAUCAGCCUUUUGAUGUGGAGUUUGCUUGUUCUCCUUGUGUUUGUGUGGGCUCCUUCCAGGUACUCCUGCUCCCUCCCACAGUUCAAUCGCAUGCAUUUAGUAGGGAUAGGUUAAUUGGUAACUCUAAAUUGCCCAUAGGUGCAAAUGGUUGUCUGUGUCUAUGUGUUAGCCCUGCAACAGACUGGCAACCUGUCCAGGGUGUACCCUAAGACAGCUGGGAUAGGCUCCUGAGGCCCUGAAAAGGGUCUUUUGUGCCACAUAAUCAAAUGGAUAAAUACCCAUGUUUAUUCUGAAUGUGUAAAAAGUAGAUACAGUUGCAGACGUUUGAUGGGAAUACUUUACUGUGGUCUGUGAAUAGACAUUUUUAUUAAGGGUUUUUCUUUGUCCCAGAAUCUUGAGACAAUUAGACAGAGCAUUAAAACCAUUUCAAAAAAGGAAGACUGGACUACAAUGCUUAAAAAAAAAAAAGGUCUGUAACUCUGUAAGUUAAAUCUGCUUUUCUUUCCAGAACCUGGUGUUGUUUAGGGAAAAAAACAAUUUGUACAUAAUAGUAAACAAAAUUUUAGCUCCCAGCAUUUUUAGAGUUUUAUUGGACACUCAUCAGCGCUAAAGACCUCGAGGCCUCAGUAUCGCUAAAAUAGACAGUUAGGCAGUGUAAUCUGGUGCAAGCCAAAUCUUCAUUGUUGAUAUCUGACUUAGAAUAAUUUCAUUUGUAGGCUUUGAAGUAUCCUCUUAAUUAAAUUACCAGUAGAAACUAAAAGUCACAACAUUUUUGGUACAGUAGUUGUACCUCUUAUAGCUUGAGUUAAAGCUCCGCUCUUCAAUAUGCUGCAUAAUCUUUGUGAGAGACUAUUAUCAAGUAAACGACGACAACUUGAUUCAACAUAACAAACCCCACAAAAACUUUUCUUUAAAACUCUGUAUGUAGACCUAUUGUAAAUUUAACAUUAAAAUCUUCUCAUCAAUAACCAAGUUCAGGUAAACCUUGUAAAUUGUCCCCAGGAGCUCCUCUCUGUUCCCAGCAAAUAACAUCUCGUCUGAUUACAGGACCUGUUUAAUCUUCAUUCCUCCCUGUUGUGGUUAUAGGCGUGGGUACGAGGCAGGUUAUUUCCUGGCCAGGUGCAGUAACUUCCUGGAAGCCAAGCUAACCAGUCUGGUGUUGCUGUUACAUUUUCUAUGACGCUAACACUGCAUAAUGGGUAUAGUUCCACAUAAAGUACAUGUAUUUUCCUAAAUGACCUAGUAUUAUUUUUAAAAUGAAAUGUGAAGUGGUGGGAAACCUGAAUGUUUCUGAAAGACGUUAAGGACAUGCGAGAAGAGAAGUUAUCUGCCUGUGUGUUUUUGCUCUCAAUACUUCAUUAUAACCGUUGGAAUGGCCUCCAGCAAGGAGGAAUUAAACCUGAAAGAUUCCUGUUAUAUAAUAGAACAUGUGUCUGCAGGCAGAGGCCAGUACAGGGGGUCCUCGGCUGACACUCACAUUACAUUCAGCAAACAGGGAAACAAGGGAAGAGGAGGAUGAGCUAUUUUGGUUUUGUUUGUGACUCUUUGUUGCAAUCCCAAACUUCACCAACUGGUUGCAGGUCUGUGUGACUUUUGAGGAGGGAUGAAGGGAAACCUUGAGACGAACAAGUGAACAAAGCAGGUACGGUGUUUUGACCGAAAUCUUGAUUCUCCUGUGUUUACUGGUUUCCUGAAAACGCAACUUAGAGUAAAGUUGUUGGUCGUUGAAUUAAAGCUAAUCCCAUUUUCACUAGAUAAUUUGGAUUUACCUCACCUCAUUACAGUUUACAUCUCACACUGUGGGAAUUUCACCCUGAACACAGAAAACUCAGCCGUAAACCCAAGAGUCGCAUGGUAAAUAACUGUCUUGAAGUUUACUCUGACAGGAAUUGCCAUUGAUCCCAGACAAACAAUUCAACUUCCCCUUCCAGAGAACGCUUCCCAGCAAAAAAUAGAGCACCAGGGAUGUAAGAAUUAAGGGGGAGUGUGGAGAGGAAGAGGAGGAGAUGGAGGAGGAGGAAGCGAGAGAGAGAGAGGGAAAGAGAAGGGAGGUCCAUGGGGGAAACACUCUCUCGUGAUGCCCUGUUUUUUCUUCUCGUGCCCCCUGUGUGGACAAACAGCUCGUGGUGGGAAGACACGACGCUCAGAUGCCGGCGUCAAGAGUCAUCUUCUGCUGAUGCCCACAAGAAGGUGGUCCUACAAUCGCGCUGUGGUCAUCUGCAUCUACACCUGCCAUCUGUCCGCUAACUUAAGGAAGACUUAGUUCCUCUGAGGGACCAUCUCUGCCUGAUUGAAAGCAGCUUCUCGAAUAUCGGCACUAAAGCAGAACGAAACUCCCCCUUUCCCCCUCCGGUGCACCCUCUUUUCACCUUCCCCGUUGUUCCUACCAGCUCUUUGUGCUUCAGGUGUGCGCCCAGGCCGUGAGUAGCGAUGGGGGACUGGACCCUCCUGGGGAAUUUCCUAGAGGAAGUCCAGGAACACUCCACUUCGGUCGGAAAGAUUUGGCUCACCAUCCUCUUCAUCUUUCGUAUCCUGGUGCUGGGCACGGCGGCAGAGUCCUCGUGGGGGGACGAGCAGAGCGAUUUCCUCUGUGACACCCAGCAACCAGGUUGCACCAAUGUGUGCUACGACAGGGCCUUCCCCAUCGCACACAUCCGCUACUGGGUGCUGCAGAUUGUCUUUGUCUCUACGCCCUCCCUCAUCUAUAUGGGCCACGCCAUGCACACAGUGCGCAGGGAGGAGAAGCGGCGAAAGAGGGAGCAGGAGGAGAGAGAGGCGAGAGGUGAAGAGGGAGGAGACCUGGAGGGGGAGAAGGAGUACCUCCAGCAGAAGGAGAGCGGAAAGGAGGUGGUUGCUGACGGGAGUGGCAGAGUUCGCCUAAAAGGGGCGCUGCUGCGGACCUACGUCCUGAGCAUUUUAAUCCGUACAAUGAUGGAGGUGACUUUCAUUGUGGUGCAGUAUCUUAUCUAUGGAGUGUUCCUCGAUGCGUUGUACCUAUGCAAGGAAUUGCCCUGUCCCAAUCCGGUUAACUGCUACAUGUCACGGCCCACGGAGAAGAAUGUCUUCAUCGUCUUCAUGCUGGUGGUGGCCGGCGUUUCUCUGCUGCUCUCUGUGUUGGAGCUCUACCAUCUCGGCUGGAAGAGCAUCAAGAGGUGCAUACACAAAAAGAUGAUGCAAAAGAGCAAGCAGAGAGCUGUGACGGUAGCGGUGUCUGCAGCCUUGGAGUCCAACACCUCACCACAACCCUCAGUCUCCUGCACCCCACCUCCUGACUUCAACCAGUGCCUGACAGCCCCCGCCUCCAUAAACCGCAUGACUUCCAUGGCCUCUCAUCCCUUCAACACCAGAAUGGCGCUGCAGCAGAACUCAGCCAAUCUGGCAACUGAGCGACAUCGUAGCUGCGACAACCUGGAGGAUGAUGAAGACUUCCUCAGGAUGAGAUACAACCAGGUACCAACAGGCCUGCCCAAUAACUGCUCGCCAUUGCCUCUGCUACACUCAGUGUACUUGAAGGACAAACGGCGCCUGAGCAAGACCAGCGGGACCAGCAGCAGGGCUCGCCAAGAUGACCUGGCAGUAUAAAUUCACAAAGUGUGGUGGAUGAGGAAGAGAGGAAGAAGGGCUGGACCUUCGGAAGUAAUGUGUGUCUGGGAGAUAGAUCUCUGUGAUGGAGGCGUGAGCUGAGGCUAACUAUGAACUGUAGCACCAAGGCCUGACACUUGAGCACAUGUGAUGAGUGGAUAAUGUGAACUUGACUUGUGUGAGCUUUGUGUCCUAGAGCUCUAAAGAAAAACUGCAAAACAAGCUGUAAAGGAGAAUAAUGAGAACAGAGUAACAGGUUUGACACCUGACUAUUGCACAUUAGGAGUAGAGAGUCCUUUCAUUUUAAACCAGUUAACUACAGAUUAGCUGAUUUUUGUCACACACAAAUGCAAAAAAAAAAGAAAAAAAGAUUUGCAAUAAAUAGACAAGAUCGCAGUAUGCUAGAAACUGUGAAGCUCUUCGAUAAAGUGCCUUAUCAAGCGUCAGAAAUAUCUAUUUCCUUAUGACAUUGUUUUUGUAAUUAUUUAAAAGCCGUGGUAGAGACUGUCAUUUGAACCACUUGUUGACCUGAUUGCACUAUACCUGCAGGCAAACAUAAAAACGUAACUCGGAAAUAAUAGCACUGCAAUCUCAAAGCCUGUCAGUGAAGUCAGUCCUAUACUAGUCAGAAGUCUUCUGUGCACAGAAAUGAGAGAAUGUAGCCUUUUACAGGAUUUUCUUUUUGAAGGUCCCUCAAAGAAAAAGCAAGCGGUCCUGCUUGGAUGUUGUUAUGAAUGGAUUCAGCCACUAGGUGGCAACAAUGCACUAGCGUUUCCCCCUUUCUCUCCCGGACCCAUUGUGUUAAAAGUGUGUUCCUAAGAAAUGUGUGAGUCGGUUGGUGUCUUUGAAUGUAUUGUUCUUGUAGCACAGUAACUGUGCGGGUAGUUCAUAACCAUGUUGUGAAUAUACGUCUUUACAAGUGGAAGAUGAUUUUUUAAAAAUAUAUACAUGUAUAUGUGCAUAAACAUAGCACAAUAUUUGAAGAACUGUCCAUCCUGCUGUACAUCCACUGCAGUCUUUGGUUAUUUCACACACACAUUUAUGCAAUAACUGUCAUCGCAAACCCACAACAAAUAAAUAAAUCAUCAGCUGUACAAUCUGCUCUGUUGUUCUCAGCGUGUGAUUUAUUCAGUGCCGUACAACACUUGCCUUUGAUUUGUCUGUCGUAUGAACAUAGAAAGACUUUAGUAUAUGUAAAUAUGCACACACUAAACUGUUAGAAUUGCACAAGAUGAACAUUUAGAACAACUAACAUUGAAAUAACGUGCUCAAUGCAGAAAUGCUGAAAUCAAGACAAAGUGAUGCAAUUUCCAGAUUCGAACAAAGAUGAAGAGUCUCCAGCAUUUCUGAAUCACUGUACCAUUGCUGCAGCGACUUUCUGUUUGCCGUCCUCACAAAGGACCUGCAGGAGACAGAUUGUGGAAGAUGAGCAAUGUUUACACAAACAGAGACUGUCUCGCCAUUUCUGCCAGGACGCUGAGGUCUGGUAUCCAGCUUAAUCUGCCACAUGCUGAAGCUGAAUUGGAAAAUCCUUGUUGCUUUUGUAUUAUUUUUAUUUCUGUGGAACCUCAGUGCUUUCUGAGAUUGAGCUUCACAGAGAUAUUUGUGUAUUCUGAGUUAGACCAGGAUGGUGAUAGCACAUUUGCUGCUUAAUAAAAUGUUUUCCUGUCUUCUUUUCUAAAGGAUUCAUUUUUAAAAAAUAGUUUGAAAAUUGUGCAAGAACCAGAAUCAGCUUAAAAGGAUAUAAAUGGUCAUACAUUAAAGAAAGACAAACACGAGACUAUGCAUCAAACUAAAAUUAAUACAAAUGGAAAACCUACAAGGAAGUUUAUAAGUUACUCUACAGUGAAAACUAUUAAGUGUUAUAUAUCUUUUCCAAUUGGUGUCCUUUUAAGACCUCUUUCCAAACAAGAGUAAGCUCAAGGAGAUUUUGCUUUACUUGAGUUAUGAUUCAGUAAUGAUUAAGAGGACUCUGGCAAUAUGGAAGAUGAAGGUCCCUUCAGUGUGACUGGAAUUCGUGA